UUCCAAUUUCCAACAUCUGACCUCCUCCGGUCCUCCCGCCAAAAUCAAACGAAAAAGUUGAAGGAGACGGCGAUAGAAAACCCUCGAAUCCCAUUAGUUUAUCUAGAUUUAUCGCACUGACAGAGAGACGAUGACAAUGAUGAGCUCCGGGAAGCAAAUAUCUAGUAAUGGAGGCGAAAUCUCACAAAGUUUGGCUAAAUAUUUCCCUCAAAUCGACUAUAAACAUGCCGAUGGGAAGAACAAGAUGCAACUCACGAAGACGCUUUACGAACAAUUUUUCUCCACUGCUGACGGAUUAGACUUCAUCUCUCAGGUAAAGAAAGAAGACAUCUUGUUCAUUUUGCCACUUGAUUUCCAACAUUUCCGGAAGGUAUGUAUGCUUGAAGAAUUCUACGAUGCUUUAGAAAGAAACCCCAAAGAAGCUCUUCUAUGCAUGAGUGCAGCAGUACACACGACCCUUCACUCCAAAUCAAACGAUGAAGAGUUGGAUGAACAUGCAAAGGUAAACAUCCGCCUACACAAUCACCCUGACUCCAUGAUUGCUUUAAAGAACCUGAAAGCAGCUUACAUUGAAAGACUUGUUUCUGUUCGUGGCACUGUAGUAAAAGUUAGCACUGUGAAGCCAUUAGUGAUACAAAUGAGUUUCACAUGUUCCAAAUGUGGGACCACCAUUGCACGUGACUUCCCAGAUGGGAAAUUCUCACCUCCUUCAAGCUGUGGAACACACGGAUGCAAAAGCAGAAUUUUUAAUCCAAUUAGGUCUAGUGCAAUACCAAUAGACUUCCAGAAAAUAAGAAUUCAAGAGCUGUUGAAAUCUGAACAUCAUGAAGAAGGUCGUGUGCCUAGAACAGUGGAAUGUGAAUUGGUUGAAGAUCUUGUGGACCUGUGUAUCCCUGGAGAUGUUGUCACUGUGACUGGUAUUAUAAGGGUGAUUAAUAAUUACAUGGAUAUAGGAGGAGGAAAAUCAAAAGGGAGGAAUCAAGGGUUAUAUUACUUGUAUCUAGAAGGAGUAUCAGUUAAAAACUCAAAGUCACAAUCUGAAGAAACAGAAGCAGUGGCUAAAGCUACAGACUUGUUGGAUUUAUAUUCUUUCAGUCAGAGGGAUUUGGAAUUUGUUUGUAAAUUUUCUUUAGAGCAUGGUUCAGAUGUGUUUCGUCAAAUACUUCAAUCAAUUUGCCCCUCCAUCUAUGGACAUGAACUUGUUAAAGCUGGAAUUACAUUGGCAUUGUUUGGAGGUGUAAGAAAGAAUUCAAUGGAUCAGAAUAAGGUUCCUGUUAGAGGAGACAUUCAUGUCAUAAUUGUUGGUGACCCUGGACUAGGGAAAAGUCAACUCCUGCAAGCAGCAGCUUCAGUUUCACCACGUGGUAUUUAUGUUUGUGGGAAUGCCACAACAAAUGCUGGCCUCACUGUUGCUGUGGUCAAAGAUUCAAUGACUGGUGAUUAUGCUUUUGAAGCUGGUGCAAUGGUACUUGCAGACAGGGGAUUGUGUUGUAUUGAUGAAUUUGAUAAAAUGACAGCAGAACACCAAGCUUUAUUGGAAGCAAUGGAGCAACAAUGUGUCUCUGUUGCAAAAGCAGGACUUGUAGCAAGUUUAUCAGCUCAAACAACUGUUUUAGCAGCAGCAAAUCCAGUUGGUGGACAUUACAACCGUGCGAAAACAGUGAACGAGAACUUGAAAAUUAAUUCCGCUUUGCUGUCACGAUUUGAUUUGGUCUUCAUUUUGCUUGAUAAACCCGAUGAGUUACAUGACAAACGAGUUUCUGAACACAUCAUGUCUUUGCAUGUAGGGAAUGGUGAUCAUUCACAAACUGUGAACAAACUUACAAAUGUAGUAGCAUCUCAAAGUGUUGGUGAAAAAAGUGGUUCAUUAGUCUCGAGACUGAGACUUGAUCCGGGAAAAGAUAUUGAUUUUGUUCCAUUACCCAGUCCUCUUCUCCGUAAAUACAUCGCUUAUGCAAGAACUUAUGUCUUUCCAAGGAUGUCAAAACCGGCAGCUAAAAUUUUACAACAGUUUUAUUUAAAACUAAGAGACCGUAACACGUCUGCUGAUGGGACGCCGAUUACAGCGAGACAGUUGGAAAGUUUAGUACGGUUGGCGCAAGCACGCGCUAGGGUUGAAUUGCGAGAAGAAAUAACCGUUGAAGAUGCUCUGGAUGUUGUUGAAAUAAUGAAGGAGUCAUUGUAUGAUAAGUAUGUUGAUGAGCAUGGGCAUGUGGAUUUCACUAGGAGUGGUGGGAUGAGUCGUCAGAAAGUAACCAAGAGAUUUUUGAGUGAAUUGAAUAAGCAAUCGGAGUUGGAACAAAAAGACUGCUUUCAUAUCUCAGAAAUUAGAAAGAUGGGUAAGAAGAUUGGGGUAGGAGAUUCAGACAUUGAGAUAUUGGUGGAGAAUUUAAACACAGCUGGAUGUCUGAUACUUAAGGGUUCACAAACAUAUCAGCUGCAAUCAUCAUCUUAUUCCCGAAGUCAAUUGUCAAGAUGA